AUGGAUCGUACGCGCCACCUGGCUGAUUCUGAGUCAAAGUAUAGACUCUACUUUGAGCUACUGCACCAGAAGAUCACUGAAUACUACCUAGAGGCUCGAGAUAUAUACAAUAUGGAUGAAAAGGGCUUCCUUAUUAGUAUAAUAGGCAAGAGUAAGAGGAUAUUCAGCAGGCGUCAAUGGGAUAAGAAAGAGGAGCUCGCUGCCUUUAAGCCUUAUCUACGCAGCUGCAAAAGGAGCUAUACGAUCAAGUUGGGUAGACGAUACUAA